AUGAAAAUUGAUCGUUUGUAUUUUUAUUCGAGCACUACGAGAUGGCUUAUUCUUGGCGCGAAUGGAAACAACUCGCUGUUUCAAAUUUUGCAGAUAUCCAAGAAUGCAAGCUGUGAGGUUAUUGACGAUCACAGGCUUUACACGCGUGAUGAAGUGGAUGGAAUCAUCAGCAUGGCCGUUGGUGCAAAUGUUACUCCAGUCGGCUCUGCGUUCGGAAUAAUUGGCCUCGUUCGAUUUUUCAAUGGUUACUAUUUACAUCACGUCAAGUCCCGUCAGAAAGUUGCUGAUUUGAAUGGAAAAACUAUCUACAAAAUCCUCAAAACGGACUACAUUUACAUCCCUUCUUCUACCGCGCGUGUGGAGCCAAAACUGGAAGACAAAUACCUCAAGGGAUUCGCGUUGAAAUACUUUAACUCCGUGGAUUUGUCUACAGACUUUUACUACAGUAAGGAGCUUAAUUUGACACAGCCUUGGCCCAAGUGUGUUUCUGAGACAGACGAGAUUGAGUCGCGCUUCUCCUGGAAUCACCAUCUUUGUAGACAGCUUCCAGGGCGGUGGAGUCUGACGUUAAUCCAUGGAUUUGUUUGCUCCCGUCAGCUCUCGAGCUUGUUCAACAGCCCUGUGCUCAUAUUGAUUGCCCGGCGAUCUUCGGAGUUCGCUGGAACAAGAUUCAAUCGUAGAGGUUGCAAUUUCGACGGAAAUGUAGCCAAUGAAGUCGAAACCGAACAAAUUGUGUACCGCCCCGGACUUCAUGGUGGUAUUACGUCUUUUGUCCAGCACAGAGGCUCGGUUCCUAUUUUCUGGUCGCAAGAUAUGGGAUCUGUCCCCCAAAAACCACCAAUUGAAAUUGAUCACAGUGAUCCUUGGUAUACAGCAAGUACGAACCACUUCCGUAAACUACACACUCGAUACAGAGGCCCAAUCAUCGCUCUUAACCUCGUAAAACACAAUUCUGGCGGAGAAACCUCCCUUGGCAAUUUAUAUCAAGAUGUUACGAAAUACAUCAACCAAUUUUUACCAGAAGAAUUGAAGAUAGUUUGGGAGUGGAUUGACAUUGCUAAGUUGAGGAAGGAAGGCUCUUUCGCAGAGUUUCAACCCCUCUGUGACGAGCUCACGAAAAAAGUAGGAAUAACCAAAACGCCACAGAAGUACCAAAAUGGGGUUAUUCGAGUUAAUUGCGUCGAUUGCUUGGACCGAACGAAUCUUACACAAGUCAGCAUUGGCCUCGUCGCUCUAGAAUUGCAGCUACGAGAGCUUGAAGUUCCCCUGAAUGUAAACAAGGAUGCAUGUGGUAGUAUCUUUCAAAAGGUUUUCGAGGAACAUGGCGACAUAAUCGGAUAUCAGUAUGGAGGCUCUCAACUUGUGCAUACACUGAAGAGUUAUCGUGGAGAGGAUCCUCUGGCCUCCAAGUCCAAAGAUAUUUUGGCGACGAUAUCGAGAUAUUACUCGAACACUGUUUCCGACAAUGAAAAACAGAUCGCCUUAGAUGUUUUUCUUCUGAAAACUCAUCCAGCCGAUAGAAACUUGUGCACUAUCCAGUUCAGAAGAGAUAUCUUUAGCUACUUGGAAAGAGGACCAAAGCUUCUAACAGAAGUUUUUCCCAACAAUAAAAAUGAAGAAAAGGCAAAUGACGAUUUCCAAACCUCAUUCGAGGAGUAUUACAUCCCGGGCACCAUCCGUCAGCUCUCUGAACUCUUUACUUUCAACUUGAGCAUUCAAUAUCGCAACGGCUGGCCUUCACAACUCCCUGGUACUAGUCCCAAGAUUACGAAGAACGUUAACCUUGAUUUCUCGCCGGAGCCAUUUGAAAUUCUAUCAAACGAGCCGCUUCAAGAAAACCAACCGCUUCAGUCUACGAAGACAGCAAUUACUGAUUAUUCACUCGGAUCAUUGUGCGAUUUUUCUGUUUUAUCCAAAUUCGAUGAUUGGGAUGAUAUUCCAUUCAUUAAAUUGAGCGAAUAUGAGCCUGAAGAAUUCACUUCGCGAAAAAUAGAACCAGAAACAUAUGAAAAUUCAUUAUUAGAAGCACUUAUGUGGUAA